AUGCAACAGAGAAGAGCUGACGCGACAACCCCAGAGAGACAUGAGCGUCAAGACUCAAACCGAAGAUCUACAGAAGCAGCUAGAGCGGAAGAAAAUACCCCCCUCCGAGAUGCACGGCGCGAAGCGAAUCGCAAUGCGACACGAGGAGCUAGAGCCGAGGAAAUUACUCCUGCUCGUGAGGCGCGGCGAGACCUUGACCGUCUAUCCACCCAACGAUCAAGGGAUGCACAAGACACACCGACUCGGAAUGCCCGGCAACGAUCCGACGGCCAGGCUCGAACGGCUUCUCGGCAGCUCUUCCCCCCACUACCCGAAUCCUCGCCUUCGUAUCGCGAUCUCGGCAUGGUCCAUAUUGAGUGUUCGCACUGCAAAGCUCUGCAUUUCGUCCAAGAACGCAUCGUGAGCAGCUCUGCCGCAAGGCCCAUGUUUUCCACAUGCUGUGGGAAGGGGAAGCUGUCACUGCCCCUUCUCACCUACCUGCCAGCUCUUCUGCGCUCUCUUCUCAUCGAUGAUACUCCAAGGGCCCGCCGCUUCCGUAAAAACAUUCGAGCAUACAAUUCAGCGCUGUCUAUGGCGUCCGUGGUCGCCAAAUGGGUGAACAAAGGGCCCGGUACUUCUAAUUUUAACCCCACAAUGACGAUGCAGGGCGAGAUGUACCAUUACAUGGGUCCCAUGAUGCCAUCCGAGGGGCGGGCGCCUUCCUUUGCUUCCGUUUACAUUCACGACACUGACUACGGUACUCAAACGCGCACAAGGCUUGGCGGAGCCUCUACACGGCUGGAAGACACACUGUUAAUGCAACUGACGCACAUGCUGCACGAAUGCAACCCCUACGUGCAGUCUGUUCUCAGUAUGCGAGAAUGGGCUCAAUCCCCUCAACCCAACACUCUAGCCCCGUACCAGAUGGUCAUCCAUGCCGACCGCAGGCCAAGUCAUGAGCACGUGCGCCGGUACAAUGGUCCCGAAGCUUCUGAAGUGGCAGCAUUGAUCCCUGGAAAUGAAGGCGGAGAGAUUGGGCGAAGAGAUAUCGUCGUGCGCAGCCGAGGGACUCUGAACAGUAACGGGAACGAAGUGCUGGAUCCGAUUUCAGUCAGUCAUCGUGCAUACGAUCCGUUGAGUUACGUGCUUUUGUUCCCGAACGGUAGAGAUGGAUGGUAUCCAGAGCUUCGAUUCUCCAGUGAUGACGACGGCAGACUGGAGGCAGAAAGGCUUUCGUAUCUCCGCCACAACCAGACACAGCUUCGAGCCGCCGACUACACCUCACUGCGCGACAGCCUAGGAGACUCCGGUCGUGCUGAAGAUGAAGCCGAUGCCGUGCGUGCGGGACGACUGUUCAUUCUCCCUUCCACGUACAUUGGAGGUGACCGCUACAUGAGGCAGCAGAUGCACGACAUAAUUGCUAUAUCGAACCAAAUUGGCCACCCGGACAUCUUCCUCACUAUGACAUGCAAUCCAAGCUGGCCGGAGAUCACAAGACCCCUACUGCCGAACCAAACGCCUCAGGACAGACCGGACCUGUGCGCACGUGUGUUUCGUCUGAAAAUGAAAGAUCUCAUGUCCUUGGUCAUCAACGAGGAAGUAUUUGGAACCGUCGUUGCCCAUGUACGAGUCAUCGAAUUUCAGAAACGCGGUCUUCCCCACGCUCACGUUGUAUUUUUCCUAGAUGAAGUCUCCAAGAAUGAUCUGCGUACUCCCGAAUACGUCGACCGCAUUAUCUCUGCCGAGAUCCCGUCUGCCCAAGAUCCAGAACUCCAAGAGGUCGUGCUCAAGCAUAUGAUUCACAAUCCAUGUGGAGAACGCAAUCCAACAGCCGUGUGCAUGGGCGAGCAGUACUGCAGGAAAGGGUCUCCAAAAUCGUUCAAACACGAAACCAGCCAGUCCGACAGUGAGUACUACAUCACAUGCCGCAGAAGGUCCCCCUCUGCAGGUGGGGUCUCCAUCGAGCGACCCUCCCGUGUUGGCCGACGACAGCAAUCCGUCGUGGUCGACAACUCCUGGGUCGUUCCCCACAGUCCUCUGCUUUUACGAUCAUUCGCUUGCCAUUUGAAUUUGGAACUCUGCGUGUCACGGGUUGGCGGAAUCAAGUACCUCUUCAAGUAUGUUUGCAAGGGACAAGACCGAGUGACCAUGGAAAUCACUGCCGAGAACGAGUGCCACGACGAGAUCUCCAACUUCCAAGAUGCCAGAUACGUUUCGGCAUCGGAGGCCGCAUGGAGGUUAUUCUCCUUUGACAUUGUAGAUCGCAAUCCUCCAGUGGUCAGACUUACGGUGCAUCUGCCCAACCACCAUACAGUAUACUUUGAGGAAGGGCGAGAGCAGGAGGCGGCGCUUCGACCAGCAUCAGGUACGAAGCUGACCGAGUGGUUUAAAGCCAACGAGAAGUACCCAAGCGCGAGGCAUCUUCGGUACCACAAGUUUACAAGGUACUUUACGUGGAAGACACGCACCAAGUCAUGGACCUACGAUUUCAGUGGUACAGGUGCCAACGUAGUCGGUCGAAUCUACACUGUCAGUCCGAGGGAGGGUGAGCGCUACUUUCUUCGCCUCCUCCUCACACAAGUGCCAGGGGCAACAUCCUUCGAGAACUUGCGAAAUAUCGACGGCGAGCAGUGCACCAGCUUCCGACAAGCUUGCUUACGACUCAGUUUGCAGGCCGACGAUGCGGAGUGGAAGCACGCAAUCCGAGAUUCAUUCCGGUCAAGCUUCGUUCCUCUUUCUCAUCUGUUUGCUACGAUUCUGGCACACUGCCAGCCUUCGGACCCUCUCUCGCUGUGGAACGACCACCUGGACAUGUUUCUCACCAAUAUUCGCAAUCGUGCACGCAGACAACCCAUUGGAAGACAGCAGCUUCGCGAUGAUCACCACGCCACAUCUAACGUACUUCGAGAGGUACAGGAGGCUCUGCAGACCCACGAGCGCAGCAGUGGGAAGGGCGAUUACAGACGUCACUUCCUUCGUACGCGCCGUAAGCAGGUCAUCGCUGUCGCUACGUCUGCUGUUGCUGCUGUGCUGCUCGACGGUGGACGCACCGCUCAUUCCGUGUUCAAGAUUCCCAUUCCUGUAUCUGCCGAAAGCACGUGCAGCUUCUCCGCAAACUCCGACACAGGCCGUACACUGCAACAAGUCGAUCUCAUCAUAUGGGACGAGAUCGUCAUGUGCCAUCGACAUUGCAUUGAGACUGUCGAUCGCUCCCUUCGAGACUUGAUGCAAACCGACCGGCCCUUCGGAGGAAAGUUCCUCGUGCUCGCUGGAGACUUUAGACAAGUCCUUCCCGUUGUUCCGGGCGGGUCCAGAGGUCAAAUCGUUAGUGCGUGCGUCAAGGCUUCCCCGCUGUAUCGAAAGUGCCGAUUCCUGCGCCUUACCGAGAACAUGUGCGUCUUCCAAGGCACUCGAGACAAUCACGCCGACCCUGCCUGGCUCACCAAGCGCGUUAUACUCACCACAAAGAACAGGCCGCUCGAGGAAGUCAACGAGGUCAUCGGCAACAUGAUUCCGGGAUCGUAUCGAACGUAUUUGAGCGCAGACAAGGUCGAGAACGAAGACACCAACGCGCUGAUCUAUCCCACAGAAAUGCUCAACACCUUGACCGCCGGAUCUGCUCUACCAGACCACAAGCUCAAGCUCAAGAAAGGCUUCAUCCUCAUGCUUCUGCGCAAUCUCGAUCCCGCUACCGGUCACGUCAACGGCGCGCGAUAUGUCAUCGAAAACAUGACCAACAACCUGCUCUUUCUACACGUUACCACCGGGUCACACCAAGGCAACAGACUGUGUCUUCCUCGAAUGCCCUGCGGACCAGGAGACGACAACUUUCCCAUCCCUGGCUUCACCCGAACGCAGUUCCCCAUUCGCACGUGCUUCGCCCUUACAACGAACAAAGCGCAAGGCCAAUCCUUCGGUGGCCGCAUUGGUCUCGACUUAUGA